UAAACACUCGCGCAGCCUUGUUGUCUUGUGUUGUGUUUUCUGUGCACACAGUUGUGGCACAAGGACUCGGAGUGUGAAGGGCGGCUGGCCGCUCUUGCCCGGCGUUGGGUCACACUGACACACUGACACAGUGAGUGACACGGUGACACCGGCAGUAAGUUACGGUGACACACGAACAUGGCCGCACUCGACUCCGUGGCCGCGGUGGUGCUUUUAGUCGCGCUCACACAGCCGUUCUUCACAGCAGGAACAAGGAAACUUGUCAAGCUAAAUGUGGUGGACGGCGUCGGCGGAGCCUCGGCCAGCGGCGCUUAUUCCCGCACACAGAGACAGCAGCAGCAGCAGCAGCAGGGCGGCUUUGGCAGUUCGGCUUCGGGCUUCGAGCCCGGAGACCCGGCGCCUCCGUUCCACGUAGAGACUCUGGACGGGCAGCAGUUCGCGUACCCGCCGCCGUCCGGACUCAACUUCUCCCUCGUCAUCCACGGCUUCACCAACAAGUCGGCCUUCCUCGAGUGCCUGUGGACGCGCGACACGGCGCUGGCCGACCUGCUGCAGGGCUUCCCCGAGGGCGCGCGCGCGCUCUUCCUCUCCUUCGACGAGACUGCGCGCUCGGACGCCCGGUGGAUGAGGAGUCAGAUCGAGCGCGCGGCCGCCGCUCUCAGGCGGAAAGAAAUUUUGUCAAGAGUAUAUUUCUCCCCCGUUCCUGUUCACGAGUUGGGGAACUGGAUUCCCAAAGUGCUCCACUCCUGGGUCUGCCCAGGAAUCAACUGUGGACUCGAUCAGGCUGUGUUCACCUCCCCAGAAUGGGGUUUACCUGUGGUUGCCAAGCGACUGGAUGCAAGAUAUGAUUGGUUGAGGGGAGGCUGGGGUCAGAAGUCCUACAGCUUGGCUGAUGCCGGCGAUGGAUGCGAACCCUCUCCCUCUGUCUCUGGCGCUGUUGCAUGGGUGUCCGAGGGGAAUUGCUCGUUCUUCGUAAAGGUGAAGAAUAUGGCUUCCUCCAAAGCAGCUGGUGUCCUGGUCUACGCCUUUCUGGGGAACCCAAUUCAAGACAUGAACUGCGAGGGGACCGAGUGCUUCACGGCCCUGGGGAUACCAGCUUCCAUGGUGCACUUGGAGCCAGCCGUGGUCCUGGCCCUGCGGAACAAGCAGCCGGUGACCGUGUCCUUCCAGAAGACGCCAUCUCCUAACUUCUUUGUUGCAAUUGACCAGCAAGGGGACCUGGCAGAGAUGGGCUGGUUUCUCUACCCAACCUUCAGCUUCGUCAACUGGCAGGCCCAAUGGUUCGAUUUCUCCACACAGUUGCGGAAGCAGCUCACCGCUCCAGCCCAGGUUCUCACUGUGUUUAAGAAUGUUGUCAUGCAAGGGGACCCUGGAGCUGUCACCACAGUGGAUCUGCCCACAGGAGCGAUGGAUUUUGAUGUGCUGCAACUGGAGGCGACCUUGUCCUGUCCAGGGAAAAGGGACGAGACGUGCGCACCCUGGGACCACACCGUGCAGCUUUACGUCUGCUGUGACAAAUUCGGCCCCCUGUGCGACAUGGAGCUCGGCCGCUGGAUCACGGCCUUCCACAGAGGCACCGGACACUGGCUGACCGACGUCUCGCCGCUCAUGCCUCUGCUCGAUGGAAAAAAGUGCACCUUCAAAAUGCAGACAGCUCCAUGGGCCAAGCCUUGGGUGUCGGGGCUACGUCUGCGAUUCGGUCACAGCAACCACUCCGCAGGUGACCAUUCCAACAUACUUUACCCAUUCAAGCUGGAGCCCCUCUUCAAUGGAGGGACUUUUGACAAGGAUUACAACAGCCGAUAUCACCCAGUCAACUUUACUGUACCACCGUCUACUAAAAAAGUGGAAGUGUACGCUGUGAUCACUGGCCACGGGAGUGACGAGAAUGGCUGUGGGGAAUUCUGUGUGACCUCGCAUCACUUCCUGGUCAACGGCAUCUUCAAUAACUCCCGUUCAUUCGACAGUGCGGGCACUGCCCUGGGCUGUGCCGAGAGGGUUGGAGAGGGAGCGGUCCCCAACGAGGGCGGCACCUGGCUGUAUGGGCGCGGCGGCUGGUGCGACGGUUUGCAGGUGAACCCCUGGAGGAUGGAUAUCACACAACAGCUCAAUAUGACUGGUUCCAACAGCAUCCUCUACUUUGGACUGUUUCGCGGUAAAGACCCGAACCCAGCAUCUAAUCCAGGCGAAAUCAUUAUGUACUCCUAUCUUGUGUUCUACAAGUGAUGCUUUAGGGGAAAGCAAACACCUGCUUGUUCUUCUUCGAAUGGCUUAUGGAAAAACAGAAUUGAUCAAACCACUAUUUCAGAUCCUAUGCUGUCUGUCUUUCACUCAGUGGUGUGAAGGUGUGCAGGAAAAUUCAGAAGGAACUUUGUGUUUGGUUCCACCAGUGUCCAGAAAGAAGUUAGAUGCAGU